UAAUGGCUAUUGCACGCCAGCUUCGGACGCCAUCAUGUGUUUCAGACGCAUAAAUAACUUGUACUAUACUUGCUUUACCCGAAACUGACCAAAAUGAUACUUAGUGUGUUGCUUUACCCGAAACUGACCAAAAUGAUACUCAAUGUUGUACACCACACAGCUCCACUUAACUCCUAACUGAUGAUAUAUGAUUCUUGGGAACCGAAUAUUGUUUGAUUUUUAAUAACAUAUGAUUGUAAUAUCAGUAAUUUGUAUUCAGUUAUAAUGUAUAAUAUAUAAAUAAUAGGUAUAGAGUGAAUUUCAUAGAAUGUUAUAUUGUAGAAGUGAUGCGAGUACUGUAAAGCUUGUCACAGGCAACCAGGUUUACUUUAUUGACUAAUAUUCAAGGCUAAGUGAAGAACUGUAAAUAACCACCUGAUUGUCGUUGUUGUCUAUCCUUGGUCGCAUUGAUAGAUAAUUAUUUACAGUAUUCAGUAAUAUCGUCAUGCAAGUUUACGAUAGGUUCAGCUUGUGUAAAAGACAAUGCAGGCUGGUGCAAAGUGCAGGUAUACAAAAUCCAGUUUAUUUAGACAGAAGGUUCACUUCAAGAUAUACUGUACUGUAGUGGUUUAAAAAAUGGAUUUUGAAGAUCAACGGAGAAUGUUUGCCAUGAAUAUGGGUGGCCAUCCCAUGGCAAAUCAUCAUGCUACCAACCAACAAGCAGUGCAACAAGCAGCAGCCCAGCAGGCAGUUCAGCAAGUGGCACAGCAGGUAGCACAACCGCCACCUCCUCAUACCAGAAUAUUAAUGCCAGAGGCAAGUUUGCCCAUGGUGGUUGGCACUCGUCCAGGGCCCAUGGAUACAACUAUGGCUACAAUAACCACACAGAUGGCUGGUACUCAGCAAAUUACUAUGCAUCAUACUGUGCAUCAACAGCAGCUUGCUCACCAUCAACAGCAGCAACAAGCAGCCCAGCAACAAGUUGCACAGCAGCAGAUAGCUCAGCAGCAACAACAUAUAGAGGUGGCUGUAGGCAUUACAGACACUAGUGGAGAACCUGGUUCUUCAUUAGUAGGAGUUUUGGAAGAAGGAACAGAAGUUAAAAGAGUGGAACAACAAGAUCCUUUAGCUAUUGACGUAGGUGGAGGUGGUGGUGAAAUGGCAGCAGCAGGACAUAGUAACAUGGAGCAGUCGCGCUGGUGUCUGGUGUGUGAUAAGGGUCUUCCUACUCAAGAUACUUCCCAAGAAUUUGUUGAUCUUUAUAAAGCCACCAUGACGGUGAGCCAGAGAAAGUUAUCAGCAAUGUUGGGUCGUUUGGUGGGGUUGACUCUUUACAAGGCUCACAGCGAUGUUUUGUGUCGACGCUGCUAUGGACUUGUGGAUCAGGUCGAUGGACUUGAAAUUGAAUUAGCAGAUACUAAAAUGGAAUUAGUACAACAAUAUGAGGCGACUAUUGCGCAUCGACAGCCACACGCCAAAAAAGAAAUCGAAAGACCUACGUUAGAGGUAGAUGUCGAAUGGGAAGAAUCCAAUGAAUCAGAAGUGGUAGACAAUGAUGAAGAUGACCCGGACUGCACAGCAACUGGCACCAAGCGCAAGAAGAAAAGAAAAACAAAGCGUAAAGGAGGCCGACCACGUAAAGUCAAAUUAACCACCAAAAUCAAGAUUGACUCGGUUAGUGAAGGGGGUGAUGCAGAUGCUGAUGGCCGUCCUAGAAAACGUGGUCGUGGUCGGCCAAGAAAGAAAGACAAGGAAGAAGAUGAUUAUAUUCCCCCAGGUGCCCCUACUAAAGACUGUCCUGCAUGUAAAAAGGUUGUUCACGCCAAGAAGUACCUAAUUCAUCUGUCAACUCAUCGCCUCUUCCCGUGCCCGUUUUGUGAAUCAGUUUUCAAGAGAAAGGAUGUCACAACUCAUUUGGCUGAAGCCCACCAGGAGGAGGUCCACUACCCCUGCCCAAGCUGUGAUAAUGUCUUUGAUACUUUCACCGAGUUACGCCAACACUGCCACGUUGUUCACAUUGGCAUUUUGCAAGAGGAACACCCUUGUACUGUAUGUAAUAAAUCAUUUUCAAGUCCUGCAACAUUAAAAGUCCAUAUAAAAACUAUCCAUGACAAGGGACAAAACUUUAAGUGCCCCAACUGUGAAGAAAUAUUCAACAAGAAGACCAACAUGCAGACUCACCAAAGAAGAGUUCACCAGGGGGUGGAGGUUAGACGUUUACAGUGUGACAUUUGUAAAAAGAGAUUCCUGUGUCCAAGUGAGUUGCGUAAACACGUAGACCGCGUUCACCUAAAGGUUAGAUGUAUGGAAAUUCCUUGUCCUAUUUGUAGAAAACCUUUUGGAGAUUCGAGAGACAUGAAGAUUCAUUUGAGUGCUGUACAUAAUAAAGAUAGUGAACAUCCAUGCCCUGAUUGUAAUAUGAUGUUCUACAGGCUCAACGAUAUGGUGAAUCACAAGCGUCGAAUACAUGGAGGAGAGGAGGUACGAAAGCAUCUCUGUCCCGUAUGUGGUAAAGGGUUCUGUAGUAAAAGUGACCUUAGAACUCAUAAGAAUGUUGUUCAUGAGGAUAUUAGAAAACAUGUGUGUGAUAUAUGUAAUAAAGCUUUCAAGGUUGCUUCUCAUCUUACAUAUCACAAGAGGAAGCAUACUGGAGAAACACCAUUUCAGUGUGCAUACUGUAGUAAAGGCUUUUCAGGACCAGGCAGCAUAUCUGAACAUGUAAAAAAGGUCCAUAAGACACUUUACAUUGGUGUUGCACAGCGACGUAAACUGAACCUUCCUGACACUGCUCCUCCCCCGCCUCCUGGUAUCCUAACCAAUGUUUUUGCCAAAACCAAACCAAAGACCAGAACCAAGAACAUGAAGCAACAGUUCCCAUCUUCCCAGAAAACAAAAUGUAUUAAUAAAGCAAACAUUGUUCCUGUAGUUAAUAUCUUGCCAAGUGAAGCAAUGGUGCAGUCACAUGUUCCAACUUACCAAUCAUCAGUAGAACCUGUUGCUGACCCCACAGGACCUUCACUCACUUCCAAUGUCCAUUCUACAAUUCAGUCAUUUACACCAGUUGUUGCUUCUUCACUUAAAAGUAACUCAUUAAUACCUAAUUCAGUCCUUGGGACAACCUCCUGUAUGCUCUCCAGUGACUUUUCUUUGCACAAUAACACUGUCAUUCAAAACAAUUCACUUAAUCAAGCUACUGGUGCCCCUCUGAGAAAUGAAGGUGUCCAUAGUGAUCCAGCCCUUCAAAACACCUCUACCCUCCAUGAUAAUGACCCUGCUGUUAUAUGUCAUCAAGGAGUGACUGACAUUAAUUCUUUCAUGAACUUACAAUUUCCUCCUACAAACCAGACUGCUCCACAAACACCAGUGCCUAUGAUUAUUCGACUCCUGCAAGAACGACGGUAUCAGUGAUUUAGGAAAAGACAGUUAUUUUAGUGAUGAGCAAUGUGUCAGUACUGAAACUGUCAAAUAGUGAACCCCAAAUCCGUAUCAGAUUUGAUAGCUAUUGGACUACUGUACUGGAUGCACAUGAAUGAGAAAGUGAUGAAGCUAAAUGCUUAGUGUAUGUCUUAAAUUUUAUUCUGUAAAGAUUUUUAAAAAGAAACUUAUCUCAUUUGGACAUUGCUGUUCUUUAUAUAUACGUACAGUAUAUAUAAUAUUUUUUAAGCCUUCUGUGUUAAUCUAGGCGAGACCCUAAGCCAGGCAGUUCUUAUAAUACUGUACUGAGGGACUUCCUGGUGGCCAACAAAUUCUCGGAAAGGAUCUUUUGAUGUCAACCUGGUUAAUCUAUUGAUCCUUUGGAUAGAUCAAAUGCCCUUUCCUUCACCCUCUGCUGUCAGCCUCAAAUGGGGGGUACACGACACAAGGGUUGAGUCAGAUGUACUGGACAGGGAUGGAUGAGGAGACCAUCAUUGUUGGCAAAAGGUGGUCUGUCAUCCUUUGACUGUUAUUAAUGCAGGGGGUCCCCGGGUUAAGAACGGGUUCCGUUUCUGAGGAUGUUCUUAAGUCGGAUUUGUACAUAAAUUAGAAACGUACAUACCGUACUUACAGAACAAAGUUUAAAAUCCCACUAUAUCAUAGCCUAAGUCCUUAUAUACAUCUAAAAUCACUUAAUUUAAGACAAAAGAAGAAAUUGAAUGACAAAAUGCAGUAAAUGAUAUUAAAAAAUAAGCCAUCAGCUAAAUAAAAUACUACACUGUUUGACAAACAAAUGUCUUGUAAACAGCACCAAGUGUGGGCUACUGCUGAUGAUAUUGGCAUUGUUUAGAGUUACCGCAUCUGAAAGUGCAGUGGUACUUUCAGAUGAUGGAAAAAUUAUCACAUAGCAGAUGGAGGUAAGAGUACCUGACUUAGUUUGGAAUUACCCGAUGGCUGUUGUCUUGAGUUCGUUAAACAGGGUCGAACUGUACCAGUUUUUAAAUCUCAAUAAUUUUGGCAUGAAGGUAUCUUGGAGAAUCUUUACAUGAAAGUCCAGUCCUGUAGUAGUUUAUUUGUUAAUACAAUAAGGAGGACAUUAAAAUACCUAUUUUAUACAGUAUAAGUGAGAGUUAUGAGAAAGGGUGUUCAUGUUUGGAAAUCUGAAGAUUGUAGACAUUUCUUCCUUUUCCAUGAAUACAAGAAAAGAAAUACUUUCCUCCUAAAGACUUUAUCUAAAGCCUCUGCCAUUACCUUUCACUACUCAGGAACCCCAUGUCUCAUAAUUUCACUUGGCUGCAGAGUGAGUGGGGGACCUCAUUGGCUCCCUGUUCUGUUGCUGUCUCUUCUCAUCCUACACAGCACAGUAUGUGUCUGGUUUAAUAAGUAAGGAGAAGAUUUGCCAGAAAAUUGUUUCUAUAGAAGAGAGGCAUCUUUCAGAAUAAACACUAACAUAAGACCUGCUAUUUAGUAAUUAUUGGGGCUCUGCUUUUGAUGGCAACUUGUUGUACAGUGCUAUAACCAUUUUGAUAAAAGUAAAAGUGACUCCAAGUAUGGUUGAAAAAUUUGUUGCUUCAAGACUAUCAAAUCAUGACACUGGGUAGCUCUGUUUUUAGGAUUACCCGGUAGCAAGUCCAGUAAAUCACAAGCCAUCUGCUCACCUAAAUGGGACUACAUCACCCAAUCCUCCAUUUUUCUUUCAUUCUCUUUUCAAAGAUUAUGCAUUUAAUAUAUUGUAGUUUUCUCCUCUGAAAAAUUAUACAUUUCCUUAACGUUUUCCUGUUGUCAAAAUGAUGGCGCUUACAAUAUUGUUCCGUUUGGUCGAUUGUUUGUCAUAAAUCUACAGUGGCAGAAAGUUUUUUAACAGACAGUACAAAUUAUUACUAUUAAUUCCUGUACCUGUAACUCAUUUUGCAUGAAAAAAAAAAUGAGAUUGAAAAUGAAAAUAAAAUACUUUCUUUA